GAGCCGCCGUUGCCAGCGACAUGUACAAGGUAAUCCAAAGGUCCAUGGGGCCAGCCAGUCUGAGUCUACUCACCUUCAAAGUCUAUGCAUCACAGAAAAAGGACGCAACUCACAAAGCUCCUGUGAACGUUAAUGAGCUUUCACUCUACUCUGUUCCCGAAGUUCAGUCUAAAUAUGUGGAGGAGCCGAGGUCUCAACUUGAAGAGAGCAUCUCACAUCUCCGACAGUAUUGCAAGCCAUAUACAAGUUGGUGUCAGGGAAAGUAUUCCCAAACUGAGCCCAAGAUGAAAAGUUUGGUUCAGUGGGGGUCAGACAGCUAUGAAUUUCUCCAAAAUGCUCCUCCUGGGUUUUUUCUAAGACUUGGUGUUAUUGGUUUUGCUGGCAUUGUUGGACUCCUUUUGGCUAGAGGUUCAAAAAUAAAGACGCUGGUAUAUCCACCUAUUUCCAUGGGAUUAGCUGCCUUGCUGUAUUAUCCACAACAAGCCAUCGUAUUUGUCCAGGUCAGUGGGGAGAAAUUAUACGACUGGGGUUUACGAGGAUACAUAGUUAUAGAAGAUUUGUGGAAGGAGAACUUUCAAAAGCCAGGAAAUGUGAAGAAUUCAUCUGGAAAUAAGUAGAAUACUCCAGGUUCAGCCCGUUUUAAUCAGUUAUAGGUAAACAUUGGAAACUCCAUACAAUAAACCAGUGUUUCUAAAGAAAAAAAAAAA